AUGCGAAUGGACAGAUCGCAUCAACAAAAACGUCAAAUGCGUACUUUAUUUCCCCCAAUUCGCACCAGAUAUUAUCCAACAGAAAAUACUAUAAACAGACCGUCAUAUGUUCAAUCUAAUAAAUCGUACGCGCAAGCCACAAACCCAAUAGACCAAAUUAUGCCAGAUCCAAAUGUCUGCAACCAGCAACAAGCUAAUUCCGACAUUGAUGAGCUGAAAUCUAUGAUGAAAGAUUUAGUAGAGCAAAACAACGGCCCGCAGGAGUUCGGCGAGGAAGGCGACGAGGCCUGGCACAAAGCCGAGCAUCGGGGUCUCGGUGUGCCGCCCGACACCCCGCCGAACGCGUCGUUUCCAAUGCAAAACGGAGGACAUGUCAAGUUUGAGCCGCCAAAAGUGCCUGUGAUAUUUGUACUAGGUGGUCCCGGUAGCGGUAAAGUGACCCACUGCGAUAACCUGAUGCAGGAGAAGCGAGGCGUGACGCACAUAAACAUGACUGAUUUGCUGCAGCAGUACGCGAUCGGCAACGAUAUGCAGGACUUUGGUCAAUUAUCGAGCAAAACUGUAACGGAAGUGCUGAUGCUGGAAAUGAAGAUGUCACCUGCAGCAAAAACAUAUUUGGUGUCGGGAUACCCACGUUCUAUGCGCGAUGUUGUGGAAUAUUCGGACAAGAUUCAAGUGGUAAAUGGAGUGAUACUGAUAUCUUGGAGGCAAAAAGUGUUAGAGAAACAAAUCGACUAUGGAGCAAAACUAGGGCAUGUGGUACUUAGUUUAGCAAAAAUGGAACUAACGAAUUUUUUCCGAAAUGUAAUGCCUGUCGCUGAAUAUUUCGAUCAGAGUGACAUGCUAAUGACGGUAAAUGGCGAACGAAGUCCUGGCGAGGUGUACAAAGACUUCCGCGCGGCUGUUCUGAAAAUCUUAGGAGCGCACGAGAAUCCUUCGGCCGCUGCCAACGGUAUCGUGGGAGUAGGUGCUGACGGCAUUCCUGGUGAGAUCGUGGGUGUAGAACCGGCGCCCAAGCGCCCCGUGCCCGCGGCGGCCGUCGCUCCAGCUCCCGCAGUCGUCGAAUCCGUACCGGCUGCAGCUCAUACGGCUGAAACUGCAGUUAUAGGCGCACCGCCGCGGAAAAGUCAAGUUGGAAAUGCUUUUGUUACCGGAACGGACCGUAUGAGAAGUCAGGCUGCGGAAGAAGAUGCUGCAAUGCCUUUGUCAAAUCUAAUUAAGAAUGGAAAUUCGAAUAUCGAUGGGGUUCCACCUGUGUUAUGGAUUAUUGGAGGGCCCGGUAGUAACAAAGCAGCCUUAUCACAAUUAGUUCUGCAACAAAUGCCAGGAUGGGUUCAUAUAAGUGUUGGAACAUUAUUACGAGCGAUGGCAGCUUCAGAGCCUCGGCCGCUGACCGAAGCUCAUCGGGUUAAGACUUCCUUGGUUGCAGGCGAUCUCGCCGCCACCGAAACUGUCAUGACAUUGCUCAAAAGACACUUGCAAGCUGCUAAAGGUGCAACUGGUGCACUGAUCGAUGGUUUCCCACGAGAUCUUCAACAAGCCAAAGAAUUUGAGGAAACAUUCAAACAAAGGCCGCACAUGGUUUUGUUGGAUUGCUCUAAACUUCAAUUAGGCCGCGGACGACCCGACGACACGGUCUCAGCCUUCAGAAGAAGACUUGAAACUUUCCGUGAAAGAUCUUUGCCCAUGUUGAAGGCUCUUGAUGCAGAAGGGAGAUUAACUAUAGUUGAUGGCGAUACAGACACCCGACCCGUCCGCGACGAGUUUGCCAAGUCAGUUGCCAAAGUUGCCGGUCCGCUUGCAUCGGGGGCUGCGAGUAAUGUUCCCAUGAACGGCCCGACUGGAGUACGGCAGGCGCUAGCCAGGAACGACGCAGCCGUCCUGCAUGAUUUGGAAGAGGCGCCCCGGAACCGUACCCACGGUCAGCGAACUUAUUAG